GCAGCCUGGAAAAUGCACUUGGGAGGCCUCGGCCUGCAGCCCCGGAGUCGGGCCGGGAGGUGGGCUGCAGGGGCGCGUGGGGCCCUCCUCGCCCCCAGGGCCCUCCUGUCUGAAGUUGGGGCCCUGGGCUUCCCUGGGAUCAUGGCCCCCCAAGCUGCGCGAGCUGGGAACCAGCAGACCUCUCAGGACAGGCACCUCCAUCUCUGCGUACGCUCAGAGCCUCCAGCACCCCAGGACGGGCCUGGCGCGGUCUGUACCGUGAGAGGGUCUCCCGGGAGGCUUCACCACCGCCACUGCCCGGACGGGGACCAGACGCGGGGGCCCCCCCAUCCUGGCAGGAGCGCACUGGUAACCAGAAACACCCUCUCGAGAGGGAGAAUGGAUGACUCGCCCUCACCCCACCAAGGAAGGGGGUGGUCGGCCAGCCAGAGCCCACCGCUGCCCCGCACCCCUGCCCUGCAGCCGGGCAUGGCGGGAGAGGCUCAGCAGUGCUCCCCCCGCCCCCCAGCCGCCUCCCAUCUGCCGGUGCAACUUAUCAGGUAACCGGAGCCCAAGCUGCAGCCACCCCUGAAACAGGAAGCCAGGCCCUCGUGCGCCAGAGCCGCGGGUGGCCAGGGGAUGGAGGCACAGCGGGCGCUCGCUGCCGCCAAGGCCGGGGACCUGGCCACCUUGGAGCAGCUGCUGGAGGCGGGCGCCCUCGGCCCAGGCAUCACCGAUGCCCUGGGGGCCGGCCUGGUGCACCACGCUGCCCGCGCCGGCCACCUGGCCUGCGUCCGGUUCCUGGUGGAGCGGGCCCAGCUGCCCGGCGACCAGAGGGCCCACAACGGCGCCACGCCCGUGCACGACGCCGCGGCCACCGGCAGCCUGGCCGAGCUGUGCUGGCUGGUGCGUGACGGCGGCUGUGGCCUGCAGGACCAAGAUGCCUCGGGGGUCUCCCCACUGCAUCUGGCCGCCCGCUUCGGACACCCGGUGCUGGUGGAGUGUCUGCUCCGGGAGGGCCACGCGGCCACCCUGGAGACACGGGAGGGGGCCCUGCCGCUGCACCACGCUGCCGUCAGCGGGGACCUGACCUGCCUGAAGCUGCUGGCCACCGCCCACAGCAGUGGUGUGAACCGGCGGACGCACAGCGGCGCCUCCCCGCUCUACCUGGCCUGCCAGGAGGGCCACCUGCACCUGGCCCAGUUCCUGGUGAAGGACCGCGGCGCCGACGUGCACCUGCGUGCCCUGGACGGCAUGAGCGCGCUCCACGCCGCCGCCGCCCGCGGCCACUACUCGCUGGUCGUCUGGCUGGUCACCUUCACGGACAUCAGCCUGGCGGCGCGGGACCGCGAGGGGGCGACCGCCCUGCACUACGCGGCGCGGGGCGGCCACGCACCCGUUCUCGAGCGGCUCCUGCUGAUGGGCGCCCCCGUGGUGACGGACGCGUGGGGCGCGACGCCUCUCCACGACGCGGCGGAGAACGGGCACAUGGAGUGCUGCCGGACGCUGGUCUCCUACCACGUGGACCCCUCGCUGCGGGACGAGGACGGCUGCACGGCGGCGGACCUGGCGGAGCACCGCGGCCACGGGGAUUGCGCCCGCUACCUGCGGGAGGCCGCCCUGCGGGCGCCGCUCCUGAUGACGCCCCCGCCGCCGCCCUUCCCCCCUCCUCCGCUGUCAGCUGCGAGGUGCUCCCUGGAGGAUGGAAGAAGAGGGGGUUCAGGGCUCGGGAGCCCCACCUCCUCUCCCAGCCCAGACUGGCCUGGCCAGCGUGAGCAGCCUCUCCCGAGGGAGCAGAUCACCCGCGAAGCCCCCCCGAGCGCCACCUCCAGUGCCGAGGCCAUCCCCACGGGCACGGAGCCGGCGACCGAGGAGCCCCGGAGCGGCCUGGCCGCGCUGCAGCUGCACGGGCUGCCCUCGGGCGACCUCGACGGGCUGGUGCCCACGCAGGACGAGCGCGGUCGGCCCAUCCCCGAGUGGAAGCGGCAGGUGAUGGUGCGGCAGCUGCAGGCGCGCCUGGGAGCGGCCCCGGCCCUGGAGGUCCAGGAUGGCAGCGUGGGCGCGGGCCCCGCGGAGCAGGCGGCCUGGCGCUACUCACAGACCCACCAGGCCAUCCUGGGCCCCUUCGGGGAGCUGCUGACCGAGGACGACCUGGAGCACCUGGAGAGGCAGAUCGGGGAGCUGCAGCUGCGGCGCCGCUGCCAGGAGUAUGAGAGCGAGCUGGGCCGGCUGGCGGCCGAGCUGCAGGCCCUGCUGCCCGCGCCCCUCGUCAGUAUCACUGUCAACAGCCACUUCCUGCCCCAGGCGCCUGCGCUGGGGGGGCUGGAGGCCCCCACAGCCACACCCCAGGGCUCCGAGGGGGCCCCACAGUCCGCCCCCGGUGGGCAGCCCCUGCCCUUCUGGUGCAGCCACACGGCCCGGCUGGUGCGCAGCCUGAGCCUGCUGCUCAAGGCCAUGAACGGGCUGGUGCAGGGCACAGAUGAGCCGGCCGCCCGGGUCCCCCAAGAGGCCUCCAGGGAGGCCCCCGCCGGGCCCCCGGGGAGCACGGCCCAGCGUGAGAUCCAGGAGUGUGGGGUGUCCGUGCAGACGCUGCGUGGCAACUUCGAGUCCGCCCCCUGCUUGUCCUGUGCCCCCGGCUCCUGUGUGCUGGGGGCCCGGCCCGGGCAGUACCCGAGAGGAUGCUGCCUGGCCCCUCCGCAGCCCCGUGGAAACCCCGUCGGAGGGGACCCUGGGCUGGGCCACGCGGAGGAGGCCAGCGACUUGGGCAUCAGCUUCGAGGAGGUCCCGUCCGAGGCAGGCCCAGGCCCCGACCUGGCCAGCCCACGCAAGGAGCGGGCCGUCACACUCUUCCUCAGCCACUGGAAGAGGGCGGCCUACGCCCCGGCCCUCUGGACGGCGGCCUGCAGGACCCUGGCGGCCCACCGGGCAGGCCCGCAUGGCCAGGAGCCUGCCGGGGGCCCGGGGCUGGGCCACCUGUGGCAGCAGCACAGCGUCAUCGCGCACCUGCUGGGCAGCUGGAAGGCUGUCAUGGCCCGCGUGCCGGCCCGGCGGCUGCAGCGGCUGAACCGCCGCCCCCCCGGCCUGCUCUCCCCGGAGCAGUUCUUGCCCCGUGUGGACGGGGCGCCUGCACCCUACGGCAGCCUCUCGCUGGGCCUCUUCAUGCUGGGCUACUUCCAGCUCCUGGAGUGCGACCUGCCGGCCGAGGAGCGCCGGACGCGCCACCUGCUGUGCUUCGAGGUCUUCGAGCACCUGGGCGCCCACGGCUGGGAGGCCGCGCGGGCCUUCCACAAGGCGGUGACCGACGAGGUGGCCGCCGGCCGCCGCUCCUGGUCUGACGGCUUCGAGGACAUCAAAGCCCGCUUCUUCGGCGCUAGCCGUGGUCCCGCCUGGGACACGGAGCCCGGCCGCAAGCCAGGCCUGACCCUGCCCGGGCCCCCGGCCCACACCACCGGCCCCGGCAGCGGCCCCGAGCCCCCCGCCCUGCGGCUGGGGUCCAGCUCCCCGCCCGGCAGCUUCAACAGCGAGGACAUCUGUGGCUACAUCGACCGGAGCUUCGCCUUCUGGAAGGAGAAAGAAGCCGAGAUGUUCAGCUCGGGAGAGUGAGGCGGGCGCGG